UAGAUUACUUCUUUCUGCCCGUGGACGCCGCCGAGUAAGCAUCGUUGACGUCUCCCCCCCUCCACUGCCGUCAUGUCUAAGUCAGAGUCACCCAAAGAGCCUGAACAGCUGCGGAAGCUCUUCAUCGGAGGUUUGAGCUUUGAAACAACCGAUGAGAGUCUGAGGAGCCAUUUUGAGCAGUGGGGAACGCUCACAGAUUGUGUGGUAAUGAGGGAUCCAAACACCAAAUGCUCCAGAGGCUUCGGGUUUGUCACAUAUGCCACUGUGGAGGAGGUGGAUGAGGCCAUGAAUGCAAAGCCACACAAGGUGGAUGGAAGAGUGGUGGAACCAAAGAGGGCCGUCUCAAGAGAAGAUUCUCAAAGACCUGGUGCCCACUUAACUGUGAAGAAGAUUUUUGUUGGUGGUAUUAAAGAAGACACUGAGGAACAUCAUCUAAGAGAUUAUUUUGAACAGUAUGGGAAAAUUGAAGUGAUUGAAAUCAUGAAUGAUCGAGGCAGUGGCAAAAAGAGAGGCUUUGCUUUCAUAACCUUUGAUGACCAUGACUCUGUAGACAAGAUUGUCAUUCAGAAAUACCACACUGUGAAUGGCCACAACUGUGAAGUAAGGAAAGCCCUAUCUAAGCAAGAGAUGGCUAGUGCCUCAUCCAGCCAAAGAGGUCGAAGUGGUUCUGGAAACUUUGGUGGUGGUCGUGGAGGUGGUUUUGGUGGGAAUGACAACUUUGGUCGUGGAGGAAACUUCAGUGGUCGAGGUGGCUUUGGUGGUAGCCACGGUGGUGGUGGAUAUGGUGGCAGUGGGGAUGGCUAUAAUGGAUUUGGUAAUGAUGGAAGCAAUUUUGGAGGUGGUGGAAGCUACAAUGAUUUUGGCAGUUACAACAAUCAAUCUUCAAAUUUUGGACCUAUGAAAGGAGGAAACUUUGGAGGCAGAAGUUCUGGCCCCUAUGGUGGUGGAGGCCAAUACUUUGCCAAACCCCGAAACCAAGGUGGCUAUGGUGGUUCCAGCAGCAGCAGUAGCUAUGGCAGUGGCAGAUGGUUUUGAUUACUGCCAGGAAACAAAGCUUAGCAGGAGAGGAGAGCCAGAGAAGUGACAGGGAAGCUACAGGUUACAACAGAUUUGUGAACUCA